UGAGCUGAUGUGUCACACGGCCCUGACCCUCAUCCUGGACCUCUGCCUGCACAACAGCACGCUGCUGGACCAGGACACCUGUCGGGACUUCCUCUUCCUGCUGCCGCACGGACACACGCCGCCAGACGCUACUUUUGGCCUCCUGCUCGGCGUGUUUGUGCUCUGCGGCCUGGUUCUGCUGGGCCUCCUGGCCUUCGGCUCCUGGAAGCUGUGCGGGCCGCCCGGCCGGAGCAAAGCCGACUUCCCCGGUCCGCCCCGGAGCCCGGAGCACCACCCGCUGCAGCCGGGCCCCCACCUCCACCACCAGCAGCAGCAGCAGCAGCAGCAGCAUCGACAGCAGUGGCAGCCGGCGGUUACCAUGGCGACAGAGAAAGUGAAAGACCCCGUGGGCCCUAUGGGCUUCCUGGAGGCGGCCGUGAAGAUAAGUCAUACAUCUCCUGACAUCCCCACCGACGUCCAGCUCUCCAUGAGGGAGCACUUCCUGCGCCGCACGCAGCGCAUGCAGAGGCAGACCACCGAGCCCGCCUCCUCCACCCGGCACAACUCCUUCAAGAGACACCUUCCCCGGCAGAUGCAGGUGGGCAGCCUGGACCUGGGCAACGACUACAUGUUGGACAAGGAGGAGAAGUCCACCAGCAUCGGCCGCAUCCAACCGGAGCUCUACCAGCAGAAAACCUUGGAGUCGGAGGACUCGUCCAAGAACGGCAGCAGCAAAAACUGCGGCAGGAUUAACAUCUCCCUCAAGUACGACUACGACAGCGAGGGCCUGGUGGUCCACAUCAUCCAGGCGGAGGACCUGCCCGCCAAAGACUUGUGCGGCACAUCCGACCCUUACGUCAAGAUCUACUUGCUGCCCGACCGCAAGAAGUUCCAGACGCGCGUCCACCGGAAGACCCUCAACCCCACCUUCGACGAGAGCUUCCACUUCCCCGUGCCUUACGACGAGCUGGCCGCCAGGAAGCUCCACAUGAGCGUCUUCGACUUUGACAGGUUUUCCCGGCACGACAUGAUCGGGGAGGUGGUGCUGGAAAACCUGUUUGAGAUGUCCGACCUGUCCCGGGACACCAACAUUUGGAGGGACAUCGACUACGCCACCAGCGAGAGCGUGGACCUCGGUGAGAUCAUGUUCUCGCUCUGCUACCUGCCCACGGCUGGCAGACUCACGCUCACGGUCAUCAAGUGCAGGAACCUGAAGGCCAUGGACAUCACUGGAUACUCAGAUCCUUACGUGAAAGUGUCGCUUAUAUGCGACGGCCGGCGUCUGAAGAAGAAGAAGACGAGCAUCAAGAAGAACACUCUGAAUCCCACCUACAACGAGGCCAUCAUCUUCGACAUCCCGCCCGACAGCAUGGACCACGUCAGCCUGCACAUCUCCGUCAUGGACUACGACUUGGUCGGUCACAACGAGGUCAUCGGCGUGAUGCGGGUGGGCUGCAAGGCCGAGGGUCUGGGCAGGGACCACUGGAACGAAAUGCUGGCUUACCCCCGCAAACCCAUCGCUCACUGGCACCCCCUGCUGGAGUCCAAGAAGUCGGAGAAGGAGUGGAAAGCGAGGACGGCGAGCUUUGACAGCCAGGGCUCCUGCCCCUCCCCUCGCCCCCCAGUGACACCCUGAGAGACGCCACCUGAGACCCCCCCGCCACCCAGUGUGGGGGUAAGCGGCGGUGAUGCCGCUGUGUUUCCUGCCUCCUGCUGCUCCACUUCCUGUCUGUCUGACUGUGUACUCACCCCCCCCCCAACUCCUCAACCAGGCUCCUUCCUCCCACUCCCACCUUUCAGCAGGUCAGGUCAGUCGGGGGCGUUUGAGGGCGCCGCGGUGGGCGGUCCCUCCUGGCUUUCCAGAAGGUUAAACCAAGCGCAUAGUCCUUGUCGACGGGAAGGCCCGGGGGUCACCGCGGGAGAUUUCUUCGUCUGGAACAGGAAGUCAGAGGAGACAAAAAUAAAAUAAGUGUUGCGUAUAAAAAAAAAAAAAUUGAAAAAAAAAAUUGUGUUUCAGGAUGAGUUUGCAGUUAAAUCCACAUUUUUAUGUGAUGUUUGAUUUUUCCCUGCUGAGCGACUUUGCAGCCAAAAUGGAAGAUGUGUAAUUGUUUUGUUUAAAUUGACUUAAACAAUCUUGAUAUUAAUACAAACUUAAUUCAUUUUUAAAAAAAAUAGGCUAUGACCUGUAACACUGAAUCGGUGCCAUUUACUUUCUGACUAUACACUUAUUUAAAUUCACUUCCGGGCCAAAGAUAACAGGAGUGAGUUUUUAAUCAAAUAAAAUAAACACCCCGUUACCAUAUGAGUUGUGAAAUUGUGUUAG